AUGUUUGGAAGAAGCAGCACUGGAAAGACCUUUAUAACAAAAACAAUACUGGGCCAGAGAGGAUCAGCAGAGGUGUUUAAAUCUGAAACCAUCCACGAAUGUGUGGAGAGGAAAAAUGUAUGCUACACAGCUUCAUCUGCAUACCAGGUCACCCUGGUUGAAAUGCCUGAACUAUACAAUACGACUCUCUCUCAAACGGAUAUUCAGCGUGAAGCAUACCGCGCUUUGUGUCUAUGUUCUUAUAACAUACACACAUUUCUCCUGGUUCUUCCUCUCAGACCUCUCACUGAUGACGAUAAAAGAGAACUUGAUAUAAUCAGUGACAUAUUUGACACAGCUGAUGGAAAGUUCUGGGGUCAUCUAAUGAUCUUGUUCAUAUGGGAAGGAAACAGGAAGGACGAAGUCAUCACUGAUUUCAUACAUGUGGACAGAGGUAUUCAAACAAUUGUUCAGAAAUGUGGGAACAAAUACCACACUGUUGGUAUUACCCAAAGACCUGACAGUGGACAGCUCUCAGAGCUACUCCAUGCGAUUGCUAAGAUUAAAACUAGCUACUCGGAUAUCACAUACAGAGAAGCACAGAUGGAGAGGAGACAUCAACUGGAGGUCAGAAUUAAAGAAACUGAGCAAGAAAACAGAGAGUUAAAGAAGGUCAAACAAACAGGAAACAGGCAGGACGAAGUUGUUACUAAUUUCAUACAUGAAACCAGACAUAUUCAGAAUAUUUUUCAGAAAUAUAAGAUCAAAUACCAUACACUCAGUAUUAACCAAAGACCAGAAAGUGAGCAGCUCUCAGAGCUGCUGCAGAAAAUCGAUGCCAUUACUUCAAACAUGUUAACUUGUUACUCAUAUGCCACAUAUCUAGAAGCACAAAUGGAAAGGCAAAUUCAACUGGAUGUCAAAAUUAAGGAAUUGGAGGAAGAAAAUAAAGUGCUGAAAAAGUCUAAACAAACAGCUGAGAAUGAAAGUGAGAGAUCAAGCACAAGCUGUGUGAGAAUUGUGCUUGUUGGAAAAACUGGAAGUGGAAAAAGUGCCACAGGAAACACUAUACUCAACAAAGAUGUCUUUAAAUCAGGUUGCAGUUUGAGAUCAGUGACAUCCUCAUGUCAGAAGGAAGAUGGUUUUGUUAAUGGACAUCCAGUGACUGUUGUUGAUACUCCUGGCCUGUUUGACAAACAUGUCUCAAAUGACGACGUGAAGGAAGAGAUACUAAAGUGUAUCACACUCCUCUCUCCAGGACCUCAUGUGUUCCUCCUUGUGCUUAGAAUCGGAAGACUCACAGAGGAAGAAACUAAAACUCUGAAUUUGAUCAAAGAAACAUUUGGGAAAAAAAGCUGGCAUGUUUACCAUCAUAAUAUUUACCCAUGGUGAUCAGCUAGAUCAGACGAUCGAGAGUUACCUAGAAUAUGCUGGUUCAGACAUGAAGAAGCUGAUCAGAGAUUGUGGGGAAAGAUAUCAUGUGAUUGACAAUAAAAAACAAGACAAAACUAAACAGGUCAUUGAUUUACUGGAGAAAAUCAACAGAAUGGUGGAGAAAAAUGGAGGAGGAUGUUACACAAAUGAAAUGCUAUACAACAGGAAAUGGAAAGGAUAUUACAGAAGAAGAAAGAAGAAAUGGAAAGAGAGAACAAAUGUUUACGCGACAAACAUGAGAUGGAGAUGGCAGAGAUGAAGAGGAGAAUAGCAGAACAAAGAGAGUUAAUGGAGAGAGAGAGGAAGGUAAAGGAGGAAGAACUCAGAAUCAAAGAAGAGUUCUUGCAAACUGAACUUAAGAGAAGAG